AUGCCGCCCAAGUUUGAUCCCUCCCAGGUCGUCGACGUUUACGUCCGCGUGACUGGCGGUGAGGUCGGGGCGGCGAGCUCCCUGGCCCCCAAGAUCGGUCCCAUUGGUCUCUCCCCCAAGAAGGUCGGAGAGGACAUCGCCAAGGAGACGGCCAAGGAGUGGAAGGGCCUCCGCGUCACCGUCAAGCUCACCGUCGAGAACCGCCAGGCCAAGGUGUCGGUGGUGCCCUCGGCCGCCGCCCUGGUGAUCAAGGCCCUCAAGGAGCCGGAGCGCGACCGCAAGAAGACCAAGAACAUCAAGCACAACGGCAACAUCUCCCUCGACGACGUCAUCGAGAUCGCCUGCAUGAUGCGCCCGAGAUCCAUGGCCAAGGAUCUCGUCGGUACUGUCAAGGAGAUACUUGGCACCUGCGUCUUCGUCGGCUGCACCGUCGAUGGCAAGGACCCCAAGGAUAUGCAGCAGGAGAUCUCCGACGGUGACGUCGAGAUCCCCUCCGAGUGA